AUGGAUAGACGGACAUCAGACACAGACGUCCUCUCCUCCUCCUCUCCUUCUCCGCCACUCCUCUCCCACUGUGACUACACCGACUGGACUCCCUCCUUUUCCAUCAUCCCUUUCAUCUACCUCCUGGCCUUUCUGGUUGGAUGCUUUGGAAACAGCCUAGUGCUAUGGGUCUACCUUGACCGAGCCGAGGGGAGAAGAGCAAGAACUGGCAGACCCUCCUCUCAGUCCUCCACCUCCUCUUCCUAUCCCCCCUCCAUCCCUCGUCCCUCCCGCUCACUGACAGACUCUCUAAUAGCUAGCUUAGCAUUAGCUGACCUUUGCUUCCUUGUGACACUCCCUCUGUGGGCGGUCUACACAGCCAUGGGUUACCACUGGCCUUUUGGGCAACCACUCUGCCAAAUCAGCAGCUUCCUCACUGCUCUCAAUAUGUAUGCCAGUGUGUUCAGCCUGAGCAUGCUCAGUGUGGAGCGCUACUGGGUUCUUACUGGACGCCGCCACUCCAGCCACCAUGCCCUGCGGAGCUGCCGCAGCAGGGCUUUGUGUGUACUUGGGGGAGUGUGGGUGUUGGCGGGGAUCCUGGCUCUGCCUGGUUUGCUGCUGCGUUCUGUCCAGGAGAGGGUGCCAGACUCUGAAUCUAAGGAUGACUGGCAGCGGGAGUCUGUUGACUCUGGAUCAGUGUUCCUCUCCUGCCAGAUGGAUUACUCAAUGCUGACAGGAACAGAGCAGGAGGAGACAGAAAAAGAGAGGGCUGAGAUGUGGUGGGCGGCUGCCCUAAGUCUUAAAUCAACACUAAUUGGCUUUCUGCUUCCUCUUGUCGUUUUACUGAUCUGCUACUGCUCACUGGCCCAGCUCCUCAGCAGACACUUUGGACGAGGCCCUCGUCCUGAUCGCAGGCGCCAGCACCGACUCCUCAGAGUCAUUGUCACUUUAGUGAUGGCGUUCUUCCUGUGCUGGCUGCCUCUGCAUGUAAAUAAAACUCUGUCCCUGCUGCUGGAGUUUGGUUUUGUCCCAUAUUCCUGCUCUUUAGAUCAGAUUUUGCUUGCUGCCCAGCCCUACGUCACCUGUUUAGCGUACCUCAACUCUUGUCUUAACCCUCUCCUGUACGCUGCCUAUGAUCCGUCAUUUAGGAAGAGAUGCAGAGGAGCACUUCUCCGGAUGAGCAGCAAAGGAGGGGAGGGAAAGAAGGAUGAAGGAGAGGCUGAGAAAGAGGAAGGGGGCUCAGCUUUUCCCAUAAGAAAGCAGGAGGAAACGGCAGAUAAAACGGAUCUGGAGAUGGUGGGGGAUGUGGGAGGCGUAGUGAAUGAAGGGUGA